AUGCGCUCUCGUGCUGCUACCGACCCACCAUUGUUGGUGUCUGUUGUUCGUGAUCGUACAUUAAUGGAACGUCAACAAGUACGUCAGGUUUAUGCCGAUUUGGAACAGCGUAGGAAGAACGGAGAAAAUAAUAUAAUGGUCAGACAUUUCAACGGCGUUCCUUCCAUUGUCCAGAAACAUGGCUCUCUUCUGACGUCCAUGACYCUGAACUUGGGCUCAUUGGCUAUCAAAUCUUCAGGGUCGACAGAAAUUAUCUUAACAGUAACUACUCACGAGGAGGUGGUGUUCUCAUUGCAAUCAAGUGCAGUUUACUUACCACCUAUGUCCGCGCUCCCAGAUUUUGAGGCCCAUACCAGCUCUAUCGAACACUUAAUAUCAYCUACCAACCCUACAUCUAUUCUUCUCUGUGGUGACUAUAAUCUACCUCUUAUUAAAUGGUCUAAAAGCAACCAAGGUCUUUUCGCAUCUGGUACCAUGUCUAACACUUCUACUCAUCUUGUCGAUUCUUUCUCGUACUAUAAUUUUUACCAGCUCAAUCAAGUGCCUAAUGCCCGUGGAUGCCUUCUUGACCUUGUAUUUUCUAGUUUUGAYACACCUACUGUCCAACUUGCCAACACYCCAAUCGUUUCUCCGGAUUCUUACCACCCACCUUUGUUURUAUCUUUUCCAUUUCCAACUCCGAUAACUGCUCAAGACACACAUAAAUACCGUGAUUAUAAAUCGGCUGAUUAUAAAUCCAUGCUCCGUUAUCUAGGAUCGUUUGAUUGGGAAAAUACUUUUUCGCUUUAUUCGGUCGAUGAUUCUGCUGUUGUCUUUAACGAUGCACUUCUAAGCUCUAUUAAUAAGUUUGUUCCCAUCAAAGUUUUUUCACMUUCUAAAUUUCCUCAAUGGACWUCYACAAUUCUMAAAAAUCUUAUAAUAACCAAGAAGAAAGCCCRUGCAGUUUAUAAGCGAACCAAGUCGAUAUCUGAYUAUCUUGUUUUCUCUGAAUAUAGAGCAAAAUGUAAACGCCAAUCAAAAGUUGAUUACUCUGCUCAUAUUAGGCAUACCGAGGAGGCCCUUUCAUCUUCCCCCUCCAAAUUCUGGAAAUUUGUAAAUAAUCUAAAACAGAAACCUCCAAUUCCGUCAUCACUCCAUCUCGGUAAUAUUGCCUCAAAUACUCCAACUGAAUCAGCUAAUCUGUUUUCAACUCAUUUCUCCUCGACGUUCAACUCCUCGGCUUUCCAACUUCCACCAUUUACUGGCUCAUCUGAAUACUUAUCCUAUGAACUUCCUUCYGAUAUAACGUUUACUGUCGACGAURUUUUUUCCGCUCUUAAAUCGUUAAAAAAUACUUACUCUAAUGGUCCAGAUGACAUAUCCGCUCAAUGCUUGUACAAUUGUCGUUUUUCUAUUGCUUAUCCAAUUUAUUUACUAUUCAGGCGUUCAUUAGAUUUAG